AUGGCAACCAGUAACAAGGCUGAUCCUGAAUGGAAGAGUCACAAGGCUACAAUUGAAUCGCUGUAUGUGAAAGAUCAUCUCAAACUUGAAGGCCGCGGAGGCCUCAUGGACACCAUGGCCAGAUCCCAUGGAUUUGUGAAAAGCAAAUCGCAGUAUGAGAGCCAUUUCAAAAUUUGGGGCAUGCGUAAAUAUCGAAAAAAAGAUGACUGGAGAAGCGUCGGACGGAAGAUUUCAGAGAGAAAGCGGGCAGGGAAAGAUAGCAGUGUUUACAUCAAUAAUGAAGUCAUUCCAAAAGCGAGAGUUCAGAGGCAAAUUAGACGUCAUGAGUUCACUACAACUUUCGGACAAAUACUUCCAGCAUCAAGUCCGCGAACUCCCGACGGCUUUGAGAUCCGCACACCCGUAGCAGAAGACUCAACAGUCUUCUCCGAGCUGCAAGAGGCCGCACCCACCUUGCCACACGGGACGGGGACAAACAACUUUCCGUUCGCUCAGUUGCAAACCUUAUCCUCCUCCUUGCAGCCUUGGGAGGGGACGGAUGAUUUCCCGGUCUCCCAAUUGCAGAACGCAACAUCUUCCCUACCACCUUGGACGGAGACGGACGAUUUUCGGUUCUCCCCAUUGCCUCCCGUCCCAUAUUUGACAGGACCCGAUGACUUUCCAUUCAUCCCAAUCGAAGACACGAUGAAACUUGUCCAACGCUGGACGUAUACACAGGAUCUUCCCUUCUUCCAGCUUGAAGCUGGCCUUCACGCUCAAGCCGAUCUCCCACUGAACCCAACAAAUGCGAAAAGACCCAGAUUUGGGAUUCCUUUGGUAACAUCACGAUCGCUAGAGGAUCACCAAGAUAUCUUUCAUCAAGGUUUUGAUGCUCAACAUGUAGUGCUAAGAGUCUCUGGAUCGCUUACUGCAGUGCUCGAAGCUUUGCUGCCCAGUACAGCGCGUGUGAAUCAACCGGAGGAGGGACUGAUUUCAAGUCCAAACAAUUACCGCUUAGACGCAGCUACUCCAAGACUGCUCACUCAUCUGCUCUUUGCAACAGCCAACAACUUUGCCGGUCUAGAUGGUGUUCCAAUUGAGGAAAUCAUGGACUACCUAAAACGCCAAACGAACACGCGACUUUUACGACAGCUUCUAAGCACCUCGGGGCCAGAGUCUGAAGCCUUUGCAGAAAAUCUGUUUCGGGCCGCUAUCGAAGCGGAAGACGCACGCAUUGUCGAGAUUCUCCUAGAGAAAGGAUUGAACCCUGAUGAGUUGGUCUGCAAUGUUGGCGGGGAAAAAUACACUCCAAUAGAACGGUCUUCCAUGAUAAGGAGUGUUGAAAUUACGAGACUUCUCCUGCGUGCCAAAGCAGAUGUUAACAAAACUGUUGGUACAAAACCUGAACGUGGAGCACUUCAAUGCGCUAUCGGAACACCCUACAAGUACUACGAGGGAUCUCGUACACCCUUUGAGCUUGUGUCUUUGCUUCUUCAUGCGGGUGCCAAAGUUGACGCGCUGAUACUUCAAGCGCUGAUAUUCGAAGAGCGCGAUCAGGACGUGUUUGAUCUCCUCGUCCAAUUCUUCACCAAGACCAAUCCUCUCGACUUGGCGCGUUCCUGGCUACCCGCAAAACUGACGGAAAAAUUCGACAACAAAAUGGCCACAAGGACUGUAAUGAGUAUUUUCCAAGCAUGUUUGGAUUCAGCUCACGACAUGUCUCCAACUCUUGGAUCCACGCUAGAUAUGGCGGCAGAGCGUGGAAACCUUGGCCUAGUACAAUUUCUUCUCCACUCUCAUGUGUCUUUGACGCAUGAAACGCUUACAAACGCGAUAAGAAGUCAGAACAAGGAUCUGAUCCGGGUCCUGAUUGACGCGGGAGCGGAUGUUGACGGUGACUGUUCCAUCUCUCAGGAUAUUCAGACGCCCCUCGGUGCAGCAAUCAGUUGGGGAGAUGUCGAGAUCAUUGAUUUACUCGAGCACAAGGGUGUUUGGUCUCAUGUCUGCGAAGGAUCGAGAUUCAAAUUUGCGUUGAUAGCUGCGUCAGAAGUAGGAAAUCUCGCCAUCGUCCAGAAACUGCUUAAUCUCGGAUUUAAUGUUACAGGAAUAGACCUCGGUGGUGCUCUACAGGCCGCAAUUUGUGGAGGGCAUGAAGAAAUUGCUCUGAUACUACUCAAUGCCGGCGCCGAUGUGAACCUCAAAGCUAACGAUGAGUAUUAUGAUAAAAACACAGUUCUUCUCGAAGCAUUACAGCAGAAGAAUGAAAAGCUCGUGCAGUUGAUUCUAGACGCUGAUGUGGACAUUCACCGUCAUGGUGAAAGCGCUCUUAGAACAGCCGUCGAGUGGGGUAAUCACUCCAUCAUUGAAGAGUUGAUUGCUACAGGCGCCGAUCCCAACGCUUAUAGCUAUGGGCUUGAAGAUGCGCCUCUCACGAUUGCCGUCAAGAGAAAAGAUACCGAAUCACUACAGCUCUUGCUCGAUGCUGGAGCAGAUGUUAACAGCCGUGGUAAGAAAUCUACUGCACUGAAGGCAGCUGUAACAAAUGGUGACAUUGAAAUGGUUGAGUACCUUUUUUCUAUCGGUGCAGAUCCAGAUGAUUCAGAGGCACUGUCUGAAGCUCUAUCGCAGGGCAUGCCAAUGCUUGAGACGCUUCUUACAAAAUUUACCAGAGUAUAUCCUCAUGGGAAACGCGGAUAUGGUUGCGACGUUCUUUCAGCAGCGAUCGGGAAAGCAGAUUUCCGACUCAUUGAAUGUCUUCUCGACGCGAAGAUAGAUGUCAAUACUUAUGUCUGCAUAGGUGAACCCGAAAGGCCGGCAUCCUGGGAUCCCCUCGCAAUGCAUUAA